AUGAGAGUGGAUUACAAACGACAAAUGACCUUUAUUCCAAUUAUCGAUCUUGAGACGCUGGUGGCUGCUGGUCAGAAGUUAGAUGCUUUAAACUUCUCAGCAUACAAUAAAGUUUUCGGACCUGAGAAAUCGGUCCAAGCUGUGGAAGGCGGACCCAACGUGAAAAAUAAAAAGAAAUUUUCCCAGCAGCAAACGUCCGGACAGGUAGCGUUAGCACAACAUCAGCAAUAUAGCCAGGGAAGAAGCAAUCGGAACAGUGCACCACAUUCCCUCAAUUCACCUCCUCAUCCUAAACCGUAUCCAAAUUCGAAUAUCAAAAACAACUCUAUCCUUCAACCUGUUCAGAAAACUGCGAAGCCGAUCAUCGACUCACAAACGGCAGGACCUUCUGCACCCCGCCCACAGUUAACACUAGAAGAAUUGUGCUUCCGAGAGUGCAAUAAAAAGUUCACUGAAGUGAAGAUUCAUGCAAGCAGCAGGAAAGCAACCUCAAACCCGGAACCAGAGAAGGAAGACCAUUCGUCAUUUUUAGGCAGUGUGCAGCGGAAGAGUCGGUCCCUAAUCACGUCAUCGAUUUCGGCAAAGCGGAAGUUCCCCGAAGGACUAGAGUCCAUGUUGCGUGUGAAUUGUUGGUCGUCCGAUGACAGCAGCAAGGCUCGGAGAGGCCACACGCUGCGAGAUUCAUCGCUUGCGCUAGAUGUCGGUGCACUAAUCAUUCGUCUCUGUAUGCCUGAUCGACUGGCGAUGGCGUCGAAGAGUUCGACGGUUCCCGACGAGAAGCGGUUGAAGGCGAAGGAGACCAAGCGGAAGAAUUUGGUCGAUUCAUUGAAGCGGAUCGAACGGUUUCUCCAUGACUACGUUCCCGAACAACACCUGCACGAGGUGCCUCUUCGAUUGGAACGGUUGGAGAAAGUAUGGGAAUCGUACGAGGUAGUUCAGGAAGAACUAGAAGAGCUAGAUGAUUCGGAAGAUGCUGCACAGAAAAAUUUGGAGAUGAGAGCCCAAGUUGAGGAACUUUAUUUACGUGUCAAGGCCGGACUAGCUUCGAAGAUACCGUCGCCACCACCCACCCCUGCUAUUGCGGGAUUCCCUGCCGCGCCUGCUGCUCAACCCGUCUUCGCCAACAUAAAGCUUCCGGCGAUUUCGCUUCCGGAGUUCGAUGGAGAUUUCAACAACUGGUUGACUUUCCAUGACACGUUUGUCUCGAUGAUCCAUUCAUCGACGGAGAUUCCGCAUGUUCAGAAGUUUCACUACCUCCGUGCGGCUCUGAAGGGGGAGGCAGCAAACUUAGUUCAGUCUAUUUCGAUUACUGCUAAUAAUUAUGCUGUCGCUUGGCAGACUUUGGUGAACCGUUACUCAAAUAAAGCUAUUCUUCGCAAAAAACACAUCCGGGCUUUAUUAAAGCAUCCAAAAAUCUCCAGCCAUAGUGUCGAGUCGCUACACAAGAUUGUGGAUGAAUUCCAACGUCAUACGAAGGUUCUGGAGCAGCUCGGUGAGCCAGUCGAUCAAUUUAGUUCGAUUCUGAUCGAGUUACUGGAGGAUAAGUUAGACGACGCUUCACUCACCGCUUGGGAGGAAUCAAUCGCAGCUGAUCAGCAACCCACCUACGCUAAAAUGGUUGAUUUUCUCCAGAAGCGGGCCCGUGUUCUAGAAACGAUUUCGAUCAACCGGCCGCAGCAUUCCGGUUCCAAAAAUCCCAGUUUUCCUCCUCCUAAGAAGCCAAAUCAGCCCAGAUUGAGUUCCAACGCUGCCAAUACAGUCCCAGGAAGAAUCUACCCGUUAUGCCCCGCCUGCGGGAAGCAGAAGCACUCCAUUUUUGAUUGCUCAGUCUUCAACGGUCUAGAUACGGAAGGCCGUUUAAAGGUGGUCUCGGAUAAAAAGCUCUGCAGCAAUUGUUUCCGCAGCGACCACUUCGCCCGCAACUGUCGUUCGAAUUAUUCAUGCAAGCAUUGUUCCAAACGACAUCACUCCAUGAUCCAUCCUGGACCAUUUGAGGCCACCAGGGGUGGACCCGAAAAUAAACCCACGAAUAAUCCCGAAGGUUCCGGGUCUAGCUUAGUGACAGCUGUAGCAGCCCUGCCAACCCCCGAAGUCGUAACAACGUUGAAGGUAUCCAACGCCAGCGUUCUCCUCACUACUGUGGUAUUGAUAGUAGUCGACGCUUACGGUCAAGAACACAUCGCCCGCGCCCUGUUAGAUACAGGUUCUCAACCCAACGCCAUGAGCGAACGCCUUUGUCAGAUGCUUCACCUUCCACGUAAAAUCGCUAACGUUGCGAUAGCCGGUGUAGAUAGUACCGUCACUAAUGCAAAAUAUGAAGUGCGUGCAGAGAUCCGAUCCCGUGUAGCAGAGUUCAGCGACACUUUAGACUUCUUAGUACUCCGUAAGGUGACCAGAGAUACCCCGUCUUCCUCGUUCCCCACUGUACAGUGGAAACUUCCCGAAAGUUUUUCACUCGCUGAUCCUGACUUCAACACGUCCCGAAGAGUUGAUAUGAUCAUCGGCGCUGCUCACUUUUAUUCAUAUUUGCGGGACGGACGGUUCCGUCUGCCUAGUCAAGGUCCAAUGCUCGUUGAGACAGUGUUUGGUUGGAUAGUGACUGGAAAGUUCGAAAAUCUGUCUGGUAUGAGCUCUCGACCAACAGUAACUUGUCAUGCGGCGACAGUUACAUCGCUUAGCGAGCAGCUAGAGCGAUUCUGGCGAGUUGAGGAGGUUCAAGGUCCGAAUUAUUCCGUGGAUGAGCAGCAGUGCGAAGAUUAUUACCGGGAAACCGUCUCCCGAGACCCGACUGGUCGGUACGUUGUUCGCAUGCCGAAGCAUCCCGAACACGAUCAAAUGAUUGGGCAGUCAAAGCCAACAGCGCUGCGUAGAUUCAGGUGGCUUGAGCAGAAACUGUUGAAGGACGAGAAUCUGAGGACUCAAUACCACGAGUUUAUGCGUGAAUAUGUUUCUCUGGGCCAGAUGGCACCCGUACAAGAGGACGAAGAGGACGUCCCGAAUGCGUGUUACCUUCCACAUCAUCCUGUAGUAAAGGAGUCGAGCUCAACCACAAAAAUUCGAGUGGUUUUCGACGGAUCAGCGAAGACUACUUCUGGCCAUUCGUUGAACGAUUCGCUACUGGUUGGACCUGUAGUUCAGGACGAGCUUCUUACUCUAAUCCUCCGUUUCCGAAAAUUUCCCGUUGCGCUAGUGGCAGACGUAGAAAAGAUGUAUCGUCAAGUCUCGAUGCAUCCAUUAGACCGACCUCUACAGCGAAUUUUGUGGCGAUUCGACAGUUCCCAGCCGAUUCAGACAUACGAACUCGGCACUGUUACUUAUGGCCUCGCUCCGUCCUCAUUUCUGGCGACGCGGACACUGUUGCAGCUCGUCGGAGAUGAAGGUACCCCGUUCCCGAAAGCAAGUACAGCAGUCAAGAAGCAUAUCUAUGUGGACGAUCUCAUCUCAGGUGAUGACAGCAUUGAAGACGCAAUCCAGCUCCGUGACGAACUAUCAGAACUGCUUCAAAAGGGUGGAUUCCGAUUCCGCAAAUGGUGCUCCAACUCACUCCCGGUAUUGGCCGGACUUUCUCCCGAACUCCUUGGGACACAAUCGUCGCUGAAGUUUGAUCCUGAAGAAAGCGUGAAGACUCUUGGUAUACGCUGGGAACCCGAAGCCGAUGUGUUCCGGUUUGAUGUAUCCGUUGUCCUGAAAGAUCAGUUACCGACCAAACGCAGCAUCCUGUCCGCCAUCGCCCAACUUUACGAUCCUCUCGGAAUCAUCGCACCCGUCGUCGUGCAAGCAAAAAUACUGAUGCAGCAUCUCUGGUUGCUGGCGUUGGACUGGGACGAUGAGGUAUCACCUGAUCUUCAACAAAAAUGGGCUCGAUUCUGUGAGCAGCUCCCUCAUCUCUCGAACUUCCGUAUAGAAAGAUUUGCGUUCACCGCUCGAUAUGCCACAGCGGAAAUACACUGCUUUGCAGAUGCGUCAGAGUCAGCUUACGGCGCUUGCAUAUACGUUCGCUCCGAAACCGCUGAUGGACUCGUGCAAGUGAAUCUCCUCGCUUCGAAAUCAAGAGUAGCUCCUCUGAAACCCCUCAGCAUUCCGCGCCUUGAAUUGUGCGCCGCACUCCUCGCUUCUCGGCUGUAUGAGAAAAUCCUCAACGCCCUCGAUAUGAGUUUCUCCGCCAGUUUCUUUUGGUCCGAUUCAACUGUUGUCCUCCAGUGGAUGAAAGCUCCCCCGCGGACGUGGAAGACGUUCGUGGCGAAUCGUAUUGCAGAAAUUCAAGCCACCACUAAUGGAUCCAACUGGCAACACGUCUCUGGCCACGAAAAUCCGGCAGAUAUGGUUUCGCGCGGGGUCUCCGCCGAGGAACUAAUCAACAGUGAGCUGUGGAAGCACGGUCCGAGCUGGUUGCGUGAAGAAAAAUCUAGCUGGCCCUCCCGAAACGUUCCCGAAGAAGAAUUUACCGCCAAGGAGUUAGAGUUAAAGCAGAAUACGAUUCUGAACACCCAAGUUCUACCACCAAAUUCACUAUUCGAGCAGUUUUCGUCCUACUCCGCUCUCAUUCGGGCGGUAUCAUAUUGUUUUCGCUUCACACACAACACCCGCAAUAGAGGACGACGGAUUUCCAGCAGAGUUCUUUCGGUUGCCGAAAUGCGAAAGUCAAAGGUAGCAGUCGUGAAGCUCGUUCAAGCUGAGGCGUUUCCCGAAGACCGGCAGCGCUUGAAGAGAGGACAUACUGUAUCCUCCAAAUCUCCACUUCGUUUGUUGAAUCCGUUUCUCGACAACGAGGGCCUAGUUCGUGUUGGUGGUCGGUUAAAUUUAUCCGAUGCUCCCUACGACGUGAAGCACCAGAUCGUCGUUCCUGGUUUCCACCCGUUCACUCAACUCCUCCUGAAGCACCAUCAUCGCAAGCUGGUACAUGGCGGAAUCACGAUGACUCUCUCAGUCGUCCGCGACGAAUUCUGGCCGCUGAACGGCAGAAAAGCAGUCCGGAGUGCCAUCCGGAAGUGCUACGAGUGUUGCAGAGCAAACCCCAAACCCAUUCAACAACCGAUUGGACAAUUGCCAGUCGCUCGAGUGACCGCAAAUGAAGCAUUCGCCUGUACUGGCGUUGAUUAUUGUGGUCCCAUCUACCUUAAACCGAUUCAUCGUAGAACCGCCGCCCGCAAAUCAUACAUCUGUGUCUUCGUGUGCCUGAGCACGAAAGCGGUGCACUUGGAGCUGGUGAGUGACCUGAGUACGGCUGCGUUCCUGAUGGCCCUAGAUCGCUUCGUGGGGCGACAUACCUCGCCACAACAUAUUUACUCAGACAACGGGACGAAUUUUGUUGGUGCGAAGAAUGCGCUGCAUGAAAUUUACACCAUGCUGCAAUCAGGAACGGAGGUUGAUAGAAUUUCGAACCACCUCGCCGAGGACAAUAUCCAGUGGCACCUGAUCCCACCCCGUGCUCCCAACUUCGGUGGCCUCUGGGAGGCAGCAGUGAAGGUGGCUAAGGUUCACCUGGCUCGUCAGCUCGGAUCCUCUCUGUUAUCGUUCGAGGAACUUACGACGGUUCUCGUAAGGAUAGAAAGGGCCAUGAAUUCCCGACCACUCCAGCCUCUAUCCAGCGAUCCUAAUGAUAUUGCGGUUCUCACUCCAGCUCAUUUUUUGGGGAGAAACAUAAACCGUUCUCCUCUCGAAGUUGAUGUUCGAGACGUGCCUCUGAAUCGUCUCACCCAGUAUCAGAAGCUCCAGAAACAUGUACAAAAUUUCUGGUACCGUUGGCGAAACGAAUACAUGAAGGAGCUGAACAUGCUAUAUAAAAUCAACCCCAAGGACCACAAGCUGAACGUCGGUGACAUCGUCAUCAUCAAGGAUGAUGCUCUUCCUUCUGUACGCUGGCCGCUAGCCCGCAUCAUCGAGCUUCAUCCCGGACCCGACGGUGUGACCCGAGUCGUAACUCUCCGCACGCCCAAUGGAGUUUUUAAGCGUGCGUGCUUCCGAGAGUGCAAUAAAAAGUUCACUGAAGUGAAGAUUCAUGCAAGCAGCAGGAAAGCAACCUCAAACCCGGAACCAGAGAAGGAAGACCAUUCGUCAUUUUUAGGCAGUGUGCAGCGGAAGAGUCGGUCCCUAAUCACGUCAUCGAUUUCGGCAAAGCGGAAGUUCCCCGAAGGACUAGAGUCCAUGUUGCGUGUGAAUUGUUGGUCGUCCGAUGACAGCAGCAAGGCUCGGAGAGGCCACACGCUGCGAGAUUCAUCGCUUGCGCUAGAUGUCGGUGCACUAAUCAUUCGUGGAAGUAAUUUCACACUCAUCAGUGAGAAUCUAUUUUCAAAAUUACGUCAUAAGAAACUCUCACGCGUAGAAAUAUCCGCCCUGCAAUCCGCUAGCGGGGACUUCCUUCAAGUUCUUGGUCGCGCUUAUCUCCCUUUCCUGUUCAACGACGAUACUAAAAUAAUUCCUACUCUUGUGGUGGCUAAUCUGUCUCUCAAUUGUAUUUGUGGAAUGGAUUUUUGGAAUAAAUUCCAGAUUCACCCAACAAUGUUAAGGGACAGUAGCAACAACGAAAACGAAGUGGUUGCUUCUAUUCAUUUACCCAGUAGCGAAUCGGUGCUGACGAGUGAAGAAAUUAGGGAGAUCGAAGACGUGAAAAAGUUAUUUCUAGCAGCGAAGGAAGGACAGUUGACCUUGACGUCUCUCGCAUAG